AUGGUUAAGCAUAAUCAGACAGGCUCGACAAUAACGUCUCGUAAACGCCGGCGUCCCGCCAAAUCGUGCGAACAAUGUCGCCGGCGCAAGGUCCGCUGCGACCUCCAAUUACCCUGCAAGGCUUGCCGGCAAUCUCGGGAGACCUUGACUUGCACGUAUAGAGAAUCUCCGCGAUUAAGAUCCUCCAAGACCGAUGUUUGGGACGACUCGGGUAGCCCGGAAAUACGUGCGUCAAAUUUCGCGGAGGGGGCACCACAGGACCAAAGCCUGUCGAUCCUGUCUCAGCAACAUCUUCGAGAUUUUGGAGGUUUCCCUUCAACUCACUCAGAUCCGCAGGAUGCAGUACACCCAGAGAUAGAGCUGAGUGGUACUUCGCUGCAGGAAUUGGCGAACCGUCUUCGUAAAGCCGAGCAGCAAUUGUCCGAACUCUCGCGGAUUCGACAAUCCUCUCAUGCGAGCGGAGACUUGACCAUCCCUGUCAUAGCACCUCGCCUGCGAAAUACCACAGAAAAGACGAAACUCUUUGGGCCGAGCCAUUGGAUGUACACUGCUGAGAAGAUCGAUUGCAGCCAAAUCGACCCCCAAGACAUGGAACUCAGCAUCGUCGACGUGAAAGCAGAUCUGGCAGACAUGAUCAAAGAAUGCCGAAACUUGCGAAAAUCCGCAAAAAGCCAGCAAACCCUGUACCUGAACAAUCCUGUUCCUGAUCUCUCGAGCACCUUUCCUGAAAGGCAUGUCUGUGAUGAGUUAGUGGGCGCUUAUAUGCGAACGUUUGAACAAUUAUAUCGCAUUAUCCAUAUCCCUUCUUUCUGGAAGGAAUACUAUAUGUUCUGGGAGGAACCACACUUGGUAUCAACGCCAUUUCUGAUCAAACUAGGCCUUGUCUUCGCUGUUGGAGCGACUUUCUACCCCAUCCUUAGUGAAUCGGAGCGUCUACGUCGCUUGGCUCAAAGUUGGAUCUAUGCUGCUCAGUGGUGGUUGGUAGGGCCUUCUGAAAAAUCAACGAGAAACUUGGAUGGUAUCCAAGUUUUCUGUCUCCUGCUAGUGUCGCGAAAAACAAAUCUCAUUGGAUCAUCGCCCUGGCUAUCUACAGGUUCUUUGCUACGGAUGGCCAUGACCAUGGGGUUACAUCGAGAUCCUCGAGGCUUUCCAAACCUAACGCCCUUUCAGGCAGAAAUGCGAACUCGGCUUUGGACAACAAUCCUGGAACUAGUUGUACUUGAAUCUGUUGAUUCGUCGUCAAUGCCGUUAACGAUCUCGGCUCAGGACUUCGAUGACCAUGUGCCUCGGAACAUCAAUGAUGUUGACCUUGAUCCUGAAGCCAAAGAGCCCCUUACUUCAGAGCCCCUGAAACAAUACACAGACUCCUCUGUUCAAUUAUUGAUGAGAAAAUCUUUAUCAAUCCGGAUGGAAGCGACUAAACUGGUUAAUAACCUUAAUCCAGAGCAGCCCUACAAUACUGCACUUCAACUGGCCACAGACUUACAAAGGGCCUGCCGUGAUCUCGCAGCUCACUUCCAGAUGCACUGGCCACAGCCCUUAGGCAAUAUGGGGUUUCAUAGAACUUUCCUCGACAUGCAAUUGCGACGCUAUAUCCUCCUGCUUCACCGACCCUAUAUGCUACAGGCCCACCAGGAUCCGCGAUUCUACCUCUCUCGGAAGAUCUGCGGAGAGUCUGCCAUGAUCAUUGCGUCGUAUGCUGAGAGCAUCAAGCUCCCUUCCGACGACCUCGAUGACCUGUCACGCCUGAUGAUAAUGAGUACGGGCCCAUUUUGUGGUGCUCUCCAUCUCGACAUCCUUACAGUUCUCGGUCUAGAGGUAACCACCCAGCUCAAAGAGAUAGGCACAGGGCCAUCGGAGACUGGCCAGCUCAUUAUCGACCCGCUGGGCGCAAUGACCAGAGCUCAGCGAGAGCCUGUUAUUCGGAUCCUAAAACAUAUCAAAGAUCAGCUGCUUCAGGUUGUUGCACUCGGCAUUCCGAGGUUUAAGCGAUACAUCUUUCUCUCAACCGUACUGUGUCAAAUAGAAGCGUUGGAGUCUGGUAGAAAUAACUUCAGACCAUUGCUGAUCAGAGCUGCCCAAGAGAGUGUAAAGGACUGCUGUAUAGCGCUCCGUGCAUCUCAAUCCAUCAAUACACCACAAGAUUCAAUCGAUACGUUGGUCUGUACCGAAUCCCCAUUCGAGCUUGAUUUUGACUUUAUGGACCCUGAAUUAGACUUCUCUAGUCUCUUUGCCCCCUUUGGUGAUGAGAUGAAAUUUUAG